AUGGACAGUGGGAUUGAGUGCCCCCUUAGCAAGUUUGACGAUGACACCAAGCUGUGUGUUGGUAUCAGCUGGAAUCUUGCACCCAAGGGCAAAACAUUGCUCAUGGUGAAAGUUCGGUUUUCAAUACUUGGAAGCUUUAGUGAGGAAAUUAGUGAAGUCUAUCCCCUCUAUAGAUAUGGAAAAGGAAAGCGUGUGUGUUCAGGCAAUACAAGCCAAAGGUUCCUUACUUCCAUAAUCCAUGCUGAAUUUAAAAUGGAUACUUUGGAUCUUGCUAUUCAGGUAUAUACCAAUAUGGCUUAUUAUAUAUACCAUGAUGUAGGCCAGUAUAAAAUUAUUACUCCUGACAAGCCUGUCAUUGGAGUCAUUGGAAAAGGAGUCAUCCUGCCCUGUCAGCUGAAAAUUAAGAUAAUCCCUGAGAGACUACUUGUUCACUGGGUGUUUACUGGACACUCCAAAAAAAUUGAUGUGACCACUUAUGGUGGAAAAAACUCACGCAAUCCAGUUCACGAGGAUGAGACAUACCGGGGCAGGACAAAUUUUUUUUGGUCUGAAUUUAAUAAGGGAAACGUGUCUCUUCACCUGAAAAAUGUCACACUUUCAGACAAAGGGAAGUACACCUGCAGUGUCUUUUUUGAGAAUUGGUAUGAUGAAGCAGUCGUUGACCUGGAUGUGGCAGCUAAAGGUGAUGAGUCUUCAGUUUUCCUGGAUGGUCCUGUGGGUCAGGGCAUUGGCCUCACCUGCAAGUCACAGGGAUGGUUUCCAGAGCCCGAAGUAGUUUGGCUGAACAGCAGAGGACGGACACGGAAGGAGGAAGUGACCACCCAAAGCACAAAGACAUCUUCAGGCGUUUUUGAUGUUGUAAGUUCCAUGAUUCUCGAACCGGGAUCUGACAAGGAAGUCUUCUGCAGGGUAGUCAAUAACCUACUCAACGCAAUCUGUGAAUCCCGAGUCCUGAUUUCAG